CUUUAGACGACAUUGUUGCACUCAAACAGUUCGACAACCAGAGCUCGAUUCAGGUUUCGUUCCGAGGGUUUCCCGAGAACGGACUUCGCUUUCUUUGGAUCACACAGAAAGGUCUGCGGAGAAGAAUUACUCUUAAGGCAGAAGCUCUUCUUUCAAACUACAGGGUGACAAAGGCUAUUUCACUGCAAGGAAUGUUUGUCUGCAAGUUUGUAUGAUUUUGCAAUGUCUGGCCUACUCAAUUCAGGGCUCAAUGGAUCAUCUUCAAAUAUUCCAGACAAUGCGGGAAGACCUUUUGGAUCAUCCUUUUCUGUACAAUCUGCUUCCACUGCCCCUGUUUUUCAUCACACUGGAAGUGUUCAGGGACUACAUAACAUUCAUGGGAGCUUCAACAUUCCCAACAUGCCAGGCACACUUGCAUCAAGAAACUCUGCAAUGAACGGUGUCCCGUCAAAUGGUGCUCAACAACCUGUAGGAAGCCUUUCUUCUGGACGUUUCGCAUCGAACAAUCUUCAUGUUGCUCUUUCUCAGAUGUCUCAUGCCAGCUCACAUGGGCAUUCAGGGGUGACAAAUAGAGGAGGAUUGGGGGUCUCUCCAAUUUUAGGAAAUACUGGUCCUCGAAUUACAACCUCAAUGGGGAACAUUGUUGGUGCGAGCAACAUGGGGAGGAGCUUAAGUUCUGGUGGAGGACUGUCCAUGCCUGGUCUGGCUUCUCGAUUGAGUUUGGCGGGUAAUAGCGGGUCUGGUAGUCUUAGUGUUCAAGGGCCUAACAGAUUAAUGGGUGGCGUGCUUCCACAAGCACCGCAGGUGUUCUCAUUGCUAGGAAAUUCUUAUUCUGCUGGUGGCCCUCUGUCUCAAGGCCAAGUCCAAGGAGGGAAUAAUACCUUAAGUUCCAUGGGAAUGCUAAAUGAUGUUAACUCUAAUGACAAUUCUCCUUUUGAUAUAAAUGAUUUCCCUCAGUUAAGUGGACGCCCUAGUUCUGCCGGUAGUUCUCAAGGACAAUUGGGUUCACUACGGAAGCAGAGUGUUGGUGUUAUCCAACAAAAUCAAGAAUUCAGCAUCCAAAAUGAAGAUUUUCCAGCUUUACCUGGAUAUAAAGGUGGCAAUACUGAUUAUUCAAUGGAUUUACACCAGAAAGAACAACUUAAUGAUAAUGCCAUGUCAAUGAUGCAAUCCCAACACUUCCCCAUGGGGAGAUCAAGUGGCUUCAGCUUAGGAGGAACAUAUUCAUCUCAUCGCCAGCAACAACAGCAGCAAGCUCCAUCUGUAGGUGGUAGUGGGGUUUCCUUUGGAGCUGCAAACAACCAAGAUCUACUCCAUAUGCAUGGUUCUGAUCUAUUUCCAUCUUCCCAUGCAAGCUAUCACUCUCAGGUUCAAAACAAUGGGCCACCUAACAUAGGAUUGAGACCUGUUAACAAUCCCAAUUCAAUUUCUGGUAUGGGAUCCUAUGACCAGCUUAUUCAGCAGUAUCAACAGCUCCAGAGCCAGUCUCAGUUUCACAUGCAGCAAAUGUCGGCCGUGGGUCAGUCAUAUCGAGAUCAAAACCUGAAGGUUAUGCAGGCCAUGUCUGAUCGGUUUGGUUUACUUGGUUUAUUGGGUGUCAUAAAGAUGAGCAAUCCAAACCUAAAUUCUCUCGCUCUAGGAACUGAUCUGACUACUCUUGGGUUGAAUUUGAGUUCAACUAAUGAUAUUCACAAGAAGUUUGCUUCCCCCUGGUCUGAUGAGCCUGCUAAGGGAGAACAUGAGUACCAAGUGCCAGAGUGCUAUUAUGCUAAACCACCGCCUCAGCUACAUCAAGGUUACUUUUCAAAAUUCCAGCCAGAGACGUUGUUCUAUAUUUUUUAUAGCAUGCCGAAAGACGAGGCCCAGUUGUAUGCCGCUAAUGAAUUGUACAACAGAGGUUGGUUCUACCAUAGAGACCUACGGCUGUGGCUCAUCAGGGUCUCCAACAUGGAGCCUUUGGUUAAAACAAACACAUAUGAAAGAGGUUCCUAUCUCUGUUUUGAUCCAAAUACAUGCGAAACUGUUCGUAAGGAUAAUUUUGUCCUGCACUAUGAAUUGUUGGAGAAGAGACCAGUGUUGCCGCAACAUUAGCGAAAACAUUUUCCAUUUGUACAGUCAGUUGCUAGGUUGACAUGUCAAAAUAUAAUUGAAUUUUCUUUUAUAUUGACCAUACUUUUGAUUGUUGCAUUAUUUUUUUAGGCUUCCCUUGUAACUUGUAAGGCGACCUUUUUUUUCUUUGCCCC